AACAUUUUUUUCUCGUUUUAAAAAUACGUGUUGUAACGGUCAAAAUAAAUACUGUGGUGCCAUAGAAAGUAGUUAAUUAACUCAAUCACUACUUGACAGCAAUUGAUUUUUUUAGGUACACAUGGACCUAUUUUAAGAACUCCCAGCAGCCGCUCCACCCGACCGCAUCCCAUGGCAUCAGAGCAUCAGUCGGUGUAAUGUGCAUUGCGAGUGUAGCGACAGCAUGUUGAAGGCCCGUCUGGAGCAGGACGCCGUCUUCGGACGCUGCCUGGCCACCGCGUCGUCCGUGCGUCGCGGGGAUCUGGUUCUGGAGGAGCUGCCCUUCGCUCGGGGCCCGAAACGGGACAGCGGCAUCGUGUGCCUCGGUUGCUACCAGUUCCUGCAGUUCGGCGAGGAUGGCGAUUCCCUGGAUCGCUGCGAGAUCUGCGAUUGGCCACUAUGCGCAUCGUGUGCCGGUGGGGAUGACGCCACCGAUCAUAGCAACGAAUGCGAGAUCUUCUCCGCCGCACGUGUCACUUUCGCCGGGAAUGUGAGCGACGAUGGCGUCUGUACGCAAUUAGAUUGCAUAACACCAUUGAGGGUUCUUUUGGCCAAGGAGGCGAAUCCGGCGAGAUGGGAAAGCGAAGUGGCCCCCAUGGAGCAUCACGAGGAGGAACGUAAACAGGAUGCAGAUUUGUGGCAUGCGGAUCGCGUGAACAUUGCUCAGUAUUUGCGGGGUCCCUGCAAGCUGGCCUCUCGAUUCAGCGAGGAGCUAAUUAUGCAGGUGGUGGGAGUCCUAGAGGUGAACGCCUUUGAGGCCAGAACUUCGAGGGGCUAUCCAUUGAGGUGUCUGUAUCCGUACACUGGCAUUCUGGCCCACAACUGUGUGCCGAACACAUCGAGGAGCAUCUAUCCCAGCGAGGGGUUCAAAAUUCGCCUGCGAGCUAUGGUGGAUCUGGAGGAAGGUCAGCCCCUGCAUCACAGCUACACCUACACCUUGGAUGGCUCCGCUCAGAGGCAAAACCAUCUACGGCAGGGGAAGUACUUUGUCUGCCAAUGCGAUCGCUGCCUGGAUCCCACCGAACUGGAGACGCACUUCUCCAGCCUGAAGUGCGGACAGUGUGCCGAGGGUUACCAAGUCCCCUGGCAGCCUACGGACUCCGAUACCAGUUGGAACUGCAGCACCUGUGGCGCUAUCACAAGCAAUCCGGAGGUUCAGGCAAUGUUACAAUCUCUGCAAUCGGAGGUUAAUACCGUCCAAGCCGUGGAUAUGGGCCCAAAGCGUCUGGAGGAGGCCGAACGUUUGCUGCGCAAGUACAAGUCCCUGCUGCAUCCGAUGCACUACAUCGCCACGGGGUUAAGGCAGCUGCUUAUCGAGAUGUAUGGACGGGUGCAGGGCUACGAAAUGGUCCAGUUGCCAGAUCACCAGCUGGAGCGCAAGGCACAACUAUGUCGCGAGGUGCUGCAAGUGCUGAACUCCUUUGAACCUGGCCUGAGUCGCACACGCGCAAUGAAUCUGUACGAGAUGCACGUUCCGCUGGUUCUGCUGGCCAAAAGCGGUUUCAUAGCCAACAAACUGAAGGGUGGCGAGCUACGUGCCCGGCUUGUCGAUGCCAUCGAUCUGCUGAAAGAGUGCGUGGAGAUCCUGGAGUUCGAGGACCAAAGUUCACAGGAGGGCGUGCUCUGUGGAGUGGCCAAGCAGGCGCUGAAACAACUGAGCCUGAGUGUUGAGGGCCUGGGAAGUGAGCUCGAUUGAACGUAUUUACUUAUGCAUAUCAGAUAGCUUUAUUGGAAAAACUGUUCAAGUGGGGCAAUCUCUUUCGGAUGGUGGUGGUGUUACAUUGAAUAACUCUUUAGUGCUUGAAGGUCCAAAAAGAACAAUAAACUACAACUUAAAAUCGA